GUACGACGCGCGCAGGCAAGUGAUGGCGGCGGUGGUUGCGUUCGCGGCAGCGGAGCAGGGCGGCCGAAACGGCCCUGGCAGAGGGCUGUUCUCUAUCAAGGAGCAGCAUGUGGACUCAGACUCAUUCUUUGCUCCUUAGCCCCCUGGUGUCGCCUCUACUCUCCUGAGGAAGAAGUUCGGGCCCCUCGGGGCCGUGUGGCCAGUCAGAUCCCCCCUGAGAUCCUGAAGAACCCCCAGCUGCAGGCGGCAAUCCAGGUCCUGCCUUCCAACUACAACUUUGAGAUCCCCAAGACCAUCUGGAGGAUCCAACAAGCCCAGGCCAAGAAGGUGGCCUUGCAAAUGCCGGAAGGCCUCCUCCUCUUUGCCUGUACCAUUGUGGAUAUCUUGGAAAGGGAGAACCCGAAACAGAUCUCCAGCUUGCUGAGGCCCUGCGUGUCCCUGCAAAUCUCUCCUCCCUAAACAUUUGGGACAGAGAAAGAAACCAAUCCCAGUGUCUUCAAAGCUGCGCCAGAGCAGGUGGUAGGACCCAGGGAGGAACCUGGGAAUGCUCCAAGCUGCCCCUGAAAUGUGCGGAGUGGUCAGGGAGAGGUCUGCCGGUGGGCGCGGCGGGGGCACCUUUUCCUCGGGCACAUUUGGAGAAGUAGAGCAAGGAUGGGUUUGGAGCACGGAGGUGUCCGGGAGAAGGUUCACGGAGGCUGAAGUGAUGGUGAUGGGUGACGUGACCUAUGGGGCUUGCUGUGUGGAUGACUUCACAGCGAGGGCCCUGGGAGCUGACUUCUUGGUGCACUACGGCCACAGUUGCCUGGUUCCCAUGGACACCUCGGCCCAAGACUUCCGGGUGCUGUACGUCUUUGUGGACAUCCGGAUAGACACUACCCACCUCCUGGACUCUCUCCGCCUCACCUUUCCCCCAGCCACUGCCCUUGCUCUGGUCAGCACCAUUCAGUUUGUGUCGACCUUGCAGGCAGCCGCCCAGGAGCUGAAAGCUGAGUACCGUGUGAGUGUCCCACAGUGCAAGCCCCUGUCCCCUGGAGAGAUUCUGGGCUGCACAUCCCCCCGACUGCCCAAAGAAGUGGAGGCCGUUGUGUAUCUUGGAGAUGGCCGCUUCCAUCUGGAGUCUGUCAUGGUUGCCAACCCCAAUGUCCCAGCCUACCGGUAUGACCCGUACAGCAAAGUCCUGUCCAGAGAGCACUAUGACCACCAGCGCAUGCGGGCCGCUCGCCAGGAAGCCAUAGCCACCGCCCGCUCCGCUAAGUCCUGGGGCCUUAUUCUGGGCACUCUGGGCCGCCAGGGCAGUCCUAAGAUCCUGGAGCACCUGGAAUCUCGACUCCAAGCCUUGGGCCUUUCCUUCGUGAGGCUGCUCCUCUCUGAGAUCUUCCCCAGCAAGCUUAGCCUACUUCCCGAGGUGGAUGUGUGGGUGCAGGUGGCAUGUCCACGUCUCUCCAUUGACUGGGGCACAGCCUUCCCCAAGCCGCUGCUGACACCCUAUGAGGCGGCCGUGGCUCUGAGGGACAUUCCCUGGCAGCAGCCCUACCCGAUGGACUUCUACGCUGGCAGCUCCUUGGGGCCCUGGACGGUGAACCACGGCCUGGACCGGCGUCCCCAGACCCCGGGCCGACCCGCGCGGGGGAAGGUGCAGGAGGGGUCCACGCAUCCCCCUUCAGCCGUGGCUUGCGAGGACUGCAGCUGCAGAGACAAGAAGGUGGCGCCGCUUGCUCCUUGACAAGCUCCGGGGCCUCAGGGUCCUGCCCUCCAGAGGAGCAGCCUCGAGGCUGGUGGUUUUCAGAGCAGGAGGCGGACGUUUUCUCCGCAUUGGAAGAGCCCGCCGUAUGCAGGGGCCUGGAGGAAUCCCUGGGGAUGGUGGCACAGGCACUCAACAGGCUGGGGCCUUUUGACGGCCUUCUUGGUUUCAGCCAAGGGGCUGCGCUAGCAGCCUUUGUAUGUGCCCUGGGCCAGGCAGGCGAUCCCCGCUUCCCCUUGCCACGGUUUAUCAUCUUGGUAUCUGGUUUCUGUCCCCGGGGCCUUGGGUUCAAGGAAUCCAUCCUGCAAAGGCCCUUGUCAUUGCCUUCACUGCAUGUUUUCGGGGACACUGACAAAGUCAUCCCCUCUCAGGAAAGUAUGCAAUUGGCCAGCCGAUUCCCCGGAGCCAUUACCCUCACCCACUCUGGUGGCCACUUCAUUCCAGCAGCUGCAUCCCAGCGUCAGGCCUACCUCAAGUUCUUGGACCAGUUUGCAGAGUGAAAGAUAAGAAAUGUCUCUGCUCCUACAUCCAGCUCCUCUUGGGGUAGCCUCCGUCAUCUGUGCCCUCCCAGGGCCCUCCACUGCUGUGAGUGCGCCUCACUAGGACCAGUUAAGAGACAACUAUCAAUUCUUGAGACCCAAAUUAUAUGGGCCCUGCCUUGUAUUGAAGACAAGGGGAGCACAAGGCCUUAAUGGACAUUGACUUGUGAACCUCAAACAUGAAAAUGGAGAGCCCUGGAUUAGGAGGGUGACCUGGGGAAGACAGAGGCUGGCACCAUGGUGACUGCCACAUAAUAAAGUGGUGAUUUCGAUUUUGAGCAUCUUUUUCCUAGUACACACACACAAAAUUUUAUAAUGGAAGUCGGUUUCUUGGCCAUCUACAUGGUCUUAUGGGCAGCACCAAGCAGGGAGAUGUUUCCAGUUGUGAGUCCCAGGACAAGCUCGUGCAUGGGUGCACAUACUGACACGUUAUUGGUGGAAGUUUGAAGGCCCAAACUGAAGGGAAGGAGGCCUCAGUGGCACAAUCAGGGAGGAAUAUACAUCUGAGAAGUUUUGGGAAGACAUCACCUGCAAGGCUGCCUGAACCACAGUAGCAGUUCAGUCUUCUCUACCCAGAUCACCGAGAGUUGUGUGGUGGUCUUCUCUCAAAACCUGGCUGUGUUCCCUGCUUCUCCCUAAGUGCUCUAACCUCGCUGAACUAUGAGCUUGAAGGGUGGUUGAUGCCAGACCUUGGGUGGAGGCCAGAGACAGUACAGAAUAAACAGCCUCUUCCUAAAUUGA